CAUCUCACGUGACAUGAGGCAGAAGCUCAAACACAUUACACAAUAAUCAAAAUAUGCCUCUGGCAAAGUGGGGCCAAGAAAAGUGAAGCUGCUGCAAGAAAGCAAGUGGGGGGAGAGAAUGCAACUGAAAGGCAUCCACUUUGACAAACUUCAAGGGAGACAUUUGAGAAUGCAGUCCUUCCUCUAGAAGAAGCCCAAUUUGCAGCAAGAACAAGGAAUCCCAGGAAACUGGACAACAAUGUGCUACAGAGCAACAUCUGUUUAAGAUUCAGCACAUUUCCCUGUCAUAUGUCAAGUAUCGGUGUUUAUGUUCCAUGAAAAGAACUCCAUGACAUUAUCUUCUGAGACCACAGGCGCAUAUUUACAGUAUUCAUAGAACAGAAUGGUGUCACCAUGAUCUUCCUUGUUCUGUUUGUAUGGAUUGUGCCCUGUGUUGCCAAUCAGCUUCUCGGUAGCUUUCUAAAAGCAGAAAUCCAGAAAGGUUCCAAGCAACUCAUAUGCAGUUUGCCUGGCCCACAAGGCCCUCCAGGUAUACCUGGACCUCGAGGUGCACCUGGGAAUAUGGGAAGGAUGGGUUUGCCAGGGAAAGAUGGACAAGAUGGAAAGGAUGGGGAGAAAGGAGAGAGGGGAGAAGAAGGUCCACAAGGCAGAACUGGAAAUCCAGGCAAGUCAGGGCCAAAAGGGAAAGCAGGAGCCAUUGGUAAAGCUGGCCCUCGCGGUUCAAGGGGUCUGAAGGGAAACCCUGGAAGAAGUGGAGGACCAGGAAAGAAAGGGCCCAAAGGCGCACAGGGGGAUCCUGGGAUGCCGGGCCCCUGCAGCUGUGGAGCCAACAAAGCCAAAUCAGCUUUUUCAGUUGCCAUGACCAAAAGCUACCCAAGAGAGCGCCUACCCAUCAAAUUUGACCGUAUCCUCAUGAAUGAAGGUGGGAACUACAACACUUCAAGUGGGAAAUUUAUAUGCAGCAUCCCUGGCAUCUACUACUUCACUUAUGAUAUCACUUUGGCCAAUAAGCAUUUGGCAAUUGGACUGGUGCACAAUGGGCAGUACAAGAUAAAGACAUUUGAUGCCAACACUGGUAACCAUGAUGUAGCUUCUGGAUCAACUAUCCUCCCUCUGAAGCGGAAUGAUGAGGUCUGGCUUCAGAUAUUCUACUCAGAACAAAAUGGACUCUUUUACGAUCCCUACUGGACCGACAGCCUUUUCACUGGGUUUUUGAUAUAUGCUGACCAGGAUUAUCUCAAUCAAAUAUAGGACUGGACUGACAUCAGCCAAUGGUAGCAGAAAAAGGAGGAUGAAAUGUUAUAGCCAUAAUGUAUGUGUCUCUCUGAGACAUUCUUACUCUAUGAAAUUCAGACUAUGUGGACUGCAGCCAACCUAUUUAUAGGUAGUCAUAAUGUUUGUCUUAGUCUGUGCAAACCUCUUCAAGAAUAAAUUGAAUAUCCAUAUGAUGUAUGAAAGGGAGGCUAGAGAAAGAAAAGUAAGUGUUUUCUCAAGAUUCAUAUAAUGGAGUCUUUAUCCGUCACCCAGCAUAGGACAGCCAAAACUGGUUGCAUGCUUAGUAUCUUUACAUCCCUUAUCCCUUACUGCACAGCACAAAACAAACACUGCACAUACACAAUACUUGAUCUCUCUUUCACUGAAGACAAAAUAAGGUGCUAAUGCAGAUCAGGGACGACUCAACAUUGUCAUAGGAAGCUGUUUUAUACCAAAUCAGAAUAUUUGUCCAUCCAGUACUUAUUCUGAUACAUGGUGACCACCAUUUCAGGAAGAUGGCUUUUCCAGCACUGCUAUCUUUAAUUGGAGAACGUAGAGGUUUUACCAGGACUUUCUGCAUUCAAAAUAUAUGUUCUACCCCUGCCUCCCUUGCAACCAGAACUUCUGCUGCUUAAAAAGAAACGUUUCUCAUUUCUGAUGUCUCUCUGUCCUUGUUUUUUGAUUCUGUUAGUUGUGUAUUGCAUAUUUUAGCAGUGUGUAGAGUUGCUGUAAGAUACAAUCAAGGAUUUCCGUGCACAACCCACUUUCCUCUUGCACAUUUUCGACAAGGCAUUUCACAUUUUUUGUAUUUACCCAGGCAAGGUAAGUGAGAGGCUCCUUUGCACUUUGUUAUCCCAAAUCAAAGGUAUCUGGAAACUCAGAUCUGGCUUUUUAAAUCCCUUUAAAAAAAAAAAAGCAUAUGAGUUAAACAAACAAGCAUCCAAUAAACCUCUCUUCACACAGUCAUGUUUCCAUUCAACCCAACAAAAUUGACUACCCAAGUAUAACUGGGGUGAUUUUGAUCAUGGGAGUACCAUGUAAGUGUUACCUUCACUCAUACAUCUUUGCCUUCUAGCUGAGAAUGAAAAUUUGUUCCAGACUCCCCACAUCUAUACUGUAUAGCCAAAUUUUGUGUGCUGGUGUCCAUAUGUAAAAAUAGCAGCUGUUUAC